CAACUCCUCCAAAAUCAAAACACAUUUCAUAAACCAACUUUCCAUACCUCAAACCUCCUAACACAGAGAGAGAGAGAGAUGAUCAACGUUGUGGCUCUGUUUCUGGUUUUGAGCUCACUGGUAACAGCAGGGUUAUGGUCUCCACCUCCCCCGGAAACACACCCAAACCCACCAACCCAAGACUUUAUUGCCAAAACUGGGCAUCAGAAAUUAAUAGUUGAAUUCGACAAAGAAGAUGGAAACACCAAGGUCUCCAUCUCGCCACAAGAAUCCCACAUCUCUCCGGUACUGCUCGAAGGCAAAUGCUACGUUCCUUCGGCCAAAGACGAGUUACCAACGGCAACAACGAAGGGUGCUGCUGCAGUUGAGGAUUCGAGACAGAAGGUCCAAGGAGCCUUGGAUAGGUGCAGGGACAAAGCGAUAGAGGUCGAAGAACGCGCGAAGGAGGCUGCUUUUGAAGCUUUAAUCAAAGCGAAAGAUUCGGUGGAACGUAAAACCGGCGAGGUUUUGAGUAAAGCUGGUGAGGUGAAAGAUGAAGCGAAAGAUGUCGUUAGAGAGGCGUCGGAGAAAGGGAAAGAGAGGGCUUCGGAGAGAGCCUGGGAGGUGAAAGAGGCGGUCGGAGAUGCGACCGAGAGAGCUAAAGAGACGGUUACGAAAAAAACACAGGAAGCGAAAGAGGUGGCUAGAGAUGUGACCCAGAAAGCGAAAGAGGUGGUUUCGGAAAAAGCACAAGAUGGGAAAGAGGUGGUUUUCGAAAAAGCCCAAGAAGCGAAAGAGGCGGUUGGAGAUGUGACCCAGAAAGCGAAAGAGAAGGUUUCGGAAAAGGCACAAGAAGUAAGAGAGAGGCUGUCGGAGGAGACCCAGAAAGCAAAGGAGAGGGUACGCGAAAAGGCCGAAAAUGUGCAAGAAUGCGCGGAGGAGGUGGCGGGGAGAGCUAAAGAGGGGGCGAAAACGGUUUUAGACACGUCGAAGAUGAUGGGGAAGGACGCGGAGAGAAAUGUGGCCGCAACAAUCGAGUCUGGGAAGGAGAAGGCCAAGGAGACGGCGGAACAUGCGGCAGCUACCGCGAAGGAUGUUAUGGAAGAGGGAGAAAAGGAUUUGUAUGAGAUUCUACGGCGAGGCAGAGAGGUGGGGUACGACGUGUUGGUGUACGUGGUGUCGCCGAGGGCGGUGGAGCCGGCGGCGGGAGUGGUGCAUUUGCUGGGGUUCGCAGCGGCGUACGGGAUGUGCUUGUGGGUUACUUUUGUUUCGAGCUACGUGCUGGCGGGGGCUAUGGACAUGCAACAGUUCGGGGUGGUGCAGAGUAAGAUAUACCCAGUCUAUUUCAGGACCAUGGCUUAUUGUGUGGCCUUGGCUUUGUUUGCGCACUUGUUGAGCCACAGGAAGAGAAUGUUGGCGAAUUACGUGGGCGUUGAGGUGUUCCUGGGGUAUAAUCUUUUGGUAUCUCUGUCGAUGAUUUUGUUCAAUUUACUUUACUUGGAGCCUCGAGCCACCAAGGUGAUGUUUGAGAGGAAAAAGUUGGAAAAAGAGGAAGGGCGAGGAAGAAAGAGUUCAAUCUCUGAACCUAACAGCAAAGCAGCGGCUAACCCUACUGCUGACUCUGCAGGCAGACCGGCCCGUGGUGCAGACGCCACCUCGACGACUCCUUUUUCCAAGGGUGGGCGAGGAAGAGAGACUUCUAUCUCUGAACCUAGCAGUAAAUCAGCGGCUGACCCUACUGCUGACUCUGCAGCCAUCCCAGCCCGUGGUGCAGACGCCACAUCGGCUCCUCCUCUAAGGCCAGAAGAACUAGAGCAGGUGGCAGCAAGGGCUCAAAUUGUUGAACUUAGUGAGAGGCUGAAGAAACUAAACGCAUAUUCAUCUUUUCUAAAUAUCCUAACGCUUAUGCAUCUAACAUGGCACCUCGUCUACCUUGGCCAACAUCUUCAUGUUGCCUGCUAAUGGAGGUAAGCUCUUAAUCUUCACAUCACCCGCCUGUUUGUCAAAUGACAUGUUAUUUCUUGACAUUUGUAAUGCCACAGAGACUUUCUUUAACUUGCAAACUGGAAGAGCUUGCUGGCGAAGGGGAGAUUUUGAUGCAGAAAAUGAGUAAAUUUUGUUAGCAGCAUGUUUUUGA